AUGGCUGAAUCUUCACCCACUCCUGUUGGUUUGACUGAAGAAAUAGGAGCUAUGAAGAGUUCAGGAGUUAUAAUCCCUGGAAUUGCUAGGGCAAACAAAAAAAGAAAGGCUGCCUCUUUUAUCCCUGUAAAGACUCCUCCUGCAAGAGGAAGAGCUACAAGGAGUCAGAAGAAGCAGAGUGAGGCAGAACUGGAAAAAGCCCUAGAAGAGAGUAAAAGAAAAGUUGUUACAAAGGGAAAAAAGAAAGUGGUUGAGCCUGUUGAGGCAGUUGAAAUUGAAGAGAUAGACCUGGUUCUUCGUGAUGAAAACAAGGCAGAGGAGGAAGAGGUUGCGACUCCAAAAAUAAAGAAAAUAAAGACUUUUAAAAAGAAGUCCCCUUCAAAGACAAAGUCUGCAGAACCUUCUACCUUGGCGAAAAGAACCAGGUCUGAUGUGAAAUCUAGAAAAGUGAAAGUAGUGGAGGAAGAAGAGAGUGAAGAAGAAGAAGAAGAAGAAGUAGAAGAUGAAACCGAUGAAGAACAAGACAAGAAGGAGAAGUUUGGAAAAAGAACUAUCUUGAAAGGUAGACUCCUUAGGGAUUUGGAGGAGGAAGGCAUGGUCAUGCUGCUGCAAAAACUCCAACUACAGGGUUGGAAGGACAUGGUCCUUCAGAUGGAUGGAAGACUUGCUAGGGCUGAUAUUGUAGAGUUCAUGGCAAAUUGUGAGAUAAAAAAUGGCAAUCACCAGUGUGGUGAAGGGAGUGACUGUGAGCUUUGA